AUGGCUCAGUACAUCGGGAAGACGAUCUCUUUGAUCUCGGUGACCGAAAAUCGAUAUGUGGGUCUUUUGGAAGGUAUUGACUCCGAGAAAGGUGUAGUAACACUGAACAAAGUACGCUGUUUUGGCACUGAGGGACGCAAGCAAUGGGGCCCUCAGGAGAUAUAUCCCAAUCCUAACGUUUAUGAGACAGUUGCUUUCAAUGGUAAUGAUGUCAAAGAUUUGAGCAUUCUGGACAUUUCCCUCGACGAAGUGCAGCCGGUCUUACCUCCACCUGAAAUUUUGGCACAGCAGCAGCAACAGCAGCAUCAACAGCAUCAGCAACAAAAGCAGUUACAACAAAAACCACAACAAGAACAGAAAAAACAGCAACAGCAGGGAGCUCCAAGUACGAUACAGAACUCCCAAGCUCCGCAGAAUGCCCAGUAUCAGGCUCCAGCUGUGGAAGUACCUGCAGCAGUGACUGGCUACGGAGUAUAUGCUCCAUCUGCUCCAGCGGUCGAUGUUGAGCGUAAAAUGUCUCAAAAUGACAGUACCGCAAAACAACAAUACCCUAAGAAGUCACAAGAGGCCCGUGUGGCGGGUUCUAAACCUCCCGUGAAACCCAAACAAGGACCCCCACGUAAAGUCGAGAUCCCCAAUGAAGAUUUCGAUUUCCAGUCCAACAAUUCCAAGCUCGAGAACGACCACGAUUCAUCAGUUCCUCAUCAGCAACACUCUAAUGAUACUGCUUCGAACAAUGACGAAGCAUUCUACAAUCGCAAAUCGUCCUUUUUCGACACUAUCUCCACAUCAACAGAGACAAACACGAAUAUGCGCUGGCAAGAAGAACGUGAGCUUAACAUGGAUACAUUUGGACAAGCUAGCGUUGGAAACAGACGUGGUCGUGGAGGAUUCCGUGGAGGAAGAGGAUCUUUUCGUGGUGGACGCGGGGGUCAACGUGGAGGCAAUCGUGGUAAUGCUCGUGGUGGAUUCAAAAGAAAUGACAAUUUCGGCUCUGCCAGCGAAAGAGUGGAAUUCUAA